AUGGCGGUUCUAGUACCAGGCACUAAUGGUUCCGUGGUAGUUCUACAACCAGGCACUAAUGGUUCCGUGGCGGUUCUAGAACUAGACACAUGUGGUCCCGUGGCGGUUCUAGAACCAGGUACUAAUGGUUCCGUGGUGGUUCUAGAACCAGGCACUAAUGGUUCCGUGGCGGUUCUAGAACCAGGCACUAAUGGUCCCGUGGCGGUUCUAGAACCAGAUACUAGAGAUCCCGUGGUGGUUCUAGAACCAGAUACUAGUGAUCCCGUGGCGGUUCUAGAACCAGAUACUAGAGAUCCUGUGGCGGUUCUAGAACCAGACACAAGUGAUCCCGUGGCGGUUCUAGAACCAGAUACUAGUGAUCCCGUGGCGGUUCUAGAACCAGAUACUAGUGAUCCCGUGGCGGUUCUAGAACCAGACACAAGUGGUCCUGUGGCGGUUCAGCAACCUAUUGACGCCUGGUCCUCAUGA